AUGGCGGCCCCAAAGAUCUCAUCCUGCAGCACUUCGAACCCAAAUCCAACAGUACCGCAGACCAAAACUUCACGCCAAAUACAUAAGACACUGAUGAACUCCAAAUUGUACACAAAGCGCGUUGGAGAUAUCAUUGAGCUCGCAAGAUAUGCGUACUCGAACCCGGAUCUGCCAGACAGAAGCGACGACGGAACUAUCGAUGAACUGAGGAAGCUCGUGGUUGAGUAUAUUAUGUGCGAGAUUGACAUGAUCGGAAAAUGCGAUGAAUUCGUCAAGUAUAUGGAAGAAGGCGGUGAGUUUGUAGGAGAUUUUUGGAGAAUGAUAAAGGACUAUGUGGCUUGA